GUGGAACCAGCUGGACCUGGCCAUAGUGCUGCUGUCCAUCAUGGGCAUCACUCUGGAGGAGAUCGAGGUGAACGCCUCACUGCCCAUCAACCCCACCAUCAUCAGGAUCAUGAGGGUGCUGAGGAUCGCACGAGUGUUGAAGCUGCUGAAGAUGGCAGUGGGAAUGAGAGCUCUGUUGGACACAGUCAUGCAGGCCCUGCCUCAGGUGGGGAAUCUGGGUCUUCUCUUCAUGCUGCUCUUCUUCAUCUUUGCGGCGCUGGGAGUGGAGCUGUUUGGGGAUCUUAUUUGCGACGAGCUUCACCCCUGCGAAGGUUUGGGUCGCUACGCCACCUUCAAGAACUUUGGCAUGGCCUUCCUGCUCCUGUUCCGGGUUUCCACAGGAGACAACUGGAACGGCAUCAUGAAGGACACCCUCCGAGACUGUGCCCAGGACACAGGCCACACCUGCUACAACACGGUGGUGUCUCCUCUGUACUUUGUGUCGUUCGUUCUGACGGCCCAGUUUGUGCUGGUGAACGUGGUGAUAGCUGUGCUCAUGAAGCACCUGGAGGAGAGCAACAAGGAGGCCAAGGAAGAGGCCGAGAUGGAGGCCGAGCUGGAGGCUGAAGGGGCGGAGGCAGCGAGGUCGCCCCAGAGAAGCCCUCUGGCCCUGGGCAUGGAGGCUGGGGGGUUGCGAGGGUCCCCCUGGAGGUCUGUGGGCGGGGAGGUCCAGGAGAGGGGGGCCUCCCUCGAUUCCCCCCCAGCUGAUAUCACCCGGGACUCGGAUGAUCACGUCAGGGCUGACCCCCUGCCCUGCCCGGAGCCCCCACUGGAGCUCCUCGACCCUGGGGAGCCGCUGGACCCUGGGGAGCCGCUGGAAGAAAACCUCCUCAGCGUCCGCAAGGCAGCGGUGGGGCGGACGCACUCCCUCCCCAACGACAGCUACAUGUUCCUGCAGCCGGGGGCCCCUGCCCUGGCCCCAGGGCCCGGCCUGGCCCAGACCCAGUCAGGGUCCAGUACCUCAGUCCAGUCCCAGCUGGAGGAGAGAUCAGCCCAGCAGCUGGACGUUCCCCCCGCUCUGUUUAGACCCAUCAACCCUCCCCCCCUCCCAGACACGGACUGCAUCCCCCGCCUGCCCCCCCCACGACGCGCACACACACUCAGCCGCACGCUACGCAGACAGGUUGCAGUGUCUGCCGACUCUCAGGAGGCUCUGUUUCCAGACGGAGGGGGGAGUGAAGAGGGGGGCCUGGACAUGGCCUGUCUGGACCUCCCUCCCCCCUCCUCCCCCCCAUCCCACACCUCCUCCCUCUCCUCCUCCCCCUCCUCCUAUCAGCAGCCUUCUCUCCGUCUAGUCCCGCCCACCCCGGGGGCCUCCCCCAAACCUGUGCGCCCCGGCAGCGUGCACACGCAGCUCUCCUCCCCCUCCUCCUCCCCCCUCCCACCCCCUGCUUCCCCCUCGGCCCCACCCCGCAGACAAGAAGAGGCGGCGGCGGACCAGGAAGUGUCCCUCCUCACCGGGGCGGGGCUGGCGGGCGGGGACCACGUCAUCGGGGGUCUCGGCCCGGACGGGGACUACCAGGACGGGGGUUACCAAGGUUACGGGGUCGGGCCGUGCCUCCGGCAGCUGAAGAGGUUCCACAGCGUGGACACCCAGGGGGGGCGGAGCCUCCUGCUGCCCCGCCCACGCCCCUCGUCCUGGUUGGACGACCCGCGGCGCCACUCUGUGGAGGUGUGUUCGACGGCGCCGCCCGGCCCCCCACGGAGCAGCACGGCCUCCACCUCCUCCGGCUUCCUGUCCCGGGCCGACAGCCUCCAGACCCAGUCCCUCACCCCCACCCAGACCUCCCUGCCCUCCCCCCGCCGCAAGAAGAAGAUGAGCCCCCCCUGCAUCUCCGUGGACCCCCCCCUGGAGGCCGAGUCUGGGCUGCACCCGGCCCUGGGGGGCCACGGGCCCCCUGCCCUGCCCUGCCGGGACACCUGUCUGAGGAGGAGGGCCCCCUCCAGCGAAUCCAAGGACUCGUUCGAUCUGGGGGGCGGGGAAGGGGGGUCCUUCAGCCAGGACGGGGGGCCGGGGAACCCCAAGCUGUUGACUCUCCCUAGUUUCUCCUUCGAGAAAACCAGCUCUGAGCACUGAACACUGACGAACACACACUCUCUCAGACAGACUCUACACACACACACACACACACAGGCGCACACACACGAUGCACUCAGUGUAUCCUUGAUGGUGAUAGUCCUAGUAGUAACGCCGUAGAGAGUAAUAAUGGUUAAAAAAAUAACUACACCAAACGGUGAACACAUCCUUGGUUUCAUGAGGAGUGCAGUCCUGUCGUCGUGGAAACAUCAUUUGUCUUUGUAUCGUUACUGCUGAAAGAACAGGAGAACAACUGAACAGAGAUGAAACUUACAACCACCAUCAUGGGCUGUUUCUCCUACCGCACCUGUGCACCCAUUGGCUGCGUGGGCAUCACAUGACCUCUGGAGGGACGUCAACACCGGGGUCUGUGGAUGGCGCCCCCUGUGGCUGCUGAUGGAACUGCCCGGUGUUGAGCAUAUGGACUUUUGCCCCCGCCAAGGGUAUCAGAGGAGGUAAAAAGCAAUAUGAACGUUUUAGAGACACUAUUUUCUUAAAUUAUUGGGCCGUAGUGUUUGUACAGGAUGUAGAUUUGUUUUUUGUUUUUUUUUGCGUUCAAUUUUUUAUUUCGUUUUGUCUUUUUGUGACUUUUACUUGUUUGUUUCAAUGUUCCAAAGUUUGUUUGUUUUCCACCGUAGGUUAUUUGUAGCUUUCUUGAUUUAAGGAAAGUGAAACAUUUUUAAAGUGCUGAGAACCAUGUAUUUGUAGGAAUAAUAUAUAUAUAAAAACGACUCAUUAAACUGAGCUUGGAUUUUUAAGCACAA